CACCUGAUCUCUCACGGCACACUAGUGUGCCCCGGCACAGUGGUUGAAAAACACUGGGGUAUUCGAUAUUCGAGGAGCCUUUCUGUAGUCAGAACUCCCAUCUUCUGUGCUGGGUAUGUUCAUUCUCUGAUUGUUUUGUAUGAUCUCUCAAAGUAUUCUUUUAGCCUAUUUGUAACUUCACAUUAUUAAUUUUAGAUGGACUCUAUGUGUUGGAUGAGUAACAUAUAGGCUACCUGACAAAUAAAUUGUAGAGUAGUAGUAGAAGCAACUGAGUGAAGUGGAAAGCUACAGCAGAACUCUAUCCCCUAGUUUGUGUGUCCAUGCCAGCAUCACUGCAGCAACAAAGACCAACCUAACACUAGGAAAUGUCUACCCUCUUAAAUUCCCAGUCACUGUAAAGGUUCUUUCUUCCAGGUUGGUCUGUUAAAACCUCUACGUUUAGUGUAGCCUACCUUUGGUAGCGGACUAGGCCACAUAGGCCUUUACUUAAUAUUUUGUUUGUCUUUUUGCUAUAAAAACACAAUAACUUCCGACUUUUAUUUUGAAAACAUGGUGCUUGGCGGACAUAUUUUUGAAUUUCGUAUUGUCGCUGGCUACACACAGCUAAGCAUCUCAGAUAUGUAUGUCAUAUGAUACAGUUACAGUUUCUCACCUUCCAAUGGCUGAAGCUGAUACUUUAUGAUAUCACGCUCGUGAUUCUCGUGAACAACGUUUCCGGUCGGCUGUUCACCUCACUUUGUUUGAAAACAAAUCACUCCCUUUGAUGCGCACUGUUCAUCAGUUAAUGCAAGGCAGCGGUCAUGGGGGAAAACGACGACAGUGAGAUAAUCGAGCACCAUGUCGACGAGGCCAUGGAGAAGAAGACAAGUCAAAGGAGCCAGACUCGCUCUUUUCUGGAGAGCGUCACUUCAUCUGAAAGAGAUGGCCACAGUAGCACGCAAUCUUCGCACCGUCUUCUUGCGUACAGCGAUGCGCUCAUAUCCAUCAUAGCGACUGUCAUGAUAUUGCCAGUAGCCCACACAAAAAUUGGAGAACAUGAGGAGCUAAAGGAGAGCUUCCAGCUGCUGCUGGCCACUAAGAUUGCAGUGUACCUCAUGACAUUUCUGAUCGUCACUGUGGCAUGGGCUGCCCACAUCAGGUUAUUUCAAGUCAUUGAGCGCAUAGAUGACUUCCUUGCACUUCUCAAUUUGGCCUGUAUGAUGCUGAUCACCUUUCUCCCUUACACAUUCACCUUGAUGGCAACAUUCCCAGAAAACGUCCUUGGGAUUCUCCUCUUCUGUGCCUGUGUGAUGGUCAUUGGUCUAAUUCAGGCGGCGAUAGUGAUAUACGGGUUCAGCCGGCCUUUUCUCCUGAACGAGCAGAUUCAGAUCUCCCAGGACCAGGCCUACUUUAAGCACCACAUCCUCAAGGUGAUCAUGAGAGUACCCAUCAUGUGCCUCUUCGCCAGCAUCUUCUCCUUCAUCUUCUUCCAGCUGUCUUAUGUCAUUCUAGCCAUUGUCAUCUUCCUGCCCUACAUAGCACAGUCUUUGAAAUGGUGUAAGGCUAAGGCUAUUGGUCAGCCCCUGGAGGACGAGCCGGACGCCGUGCUGUUCUACACGUACCACCCCAGCGAGCCUCUCAGCAAGGAGCGCGUGGAGGCCUUCAGCGACGGGGUCUACGCUAUUGUGGCCACACUUCUUAUUCUGGACAUAUGUGAGGAUAACGUUCCUGACCCCAUCACGGUGCAGGAGAAGUUCGGGGGCAGCCUGGUGGCGGCGCUGAGGGACUACGGUCCUGAGUUCCUGGCCUACUUCGGCUCGUUCGCCACGGUGGGCCUGCUGUGGUUCGUGCACCACUCGCUCUUCCUGCACGUGACGCGCGCCUCGCGCCUCAUGGGCCUCUUCAACACCUUCUCCCUGGCGUUCGUAGGCGGCCUGCCGCUGGCCUACGAGCUGACCACCGAGUUCCGGCACGACCCGCGCAACGCGGCCGAGGCCGUGCAGGCCAGCUGCGUCAUCCUCUUCUUCGCCGGCAUCUUCCAGCUGGCCAUCUGGGUGGCGGCGCUGUUCGACGAGCGCCAGACGCUCCACCCACUGGUGCGCUACGGCGGCCGCGACCACGCCUUCAUGCUGGCCAAGCUGGCGCUGUACCCGUGCGUGGCGCUGGGCACCUACUUCCUGACGUGCGUGCUCAGCGAGUUCAGCGCGUCCAUCUUCCACCUCAUGCAGCUGGCCGUGCCCGUGGCCUUCCUCCUGCUGCGGCUGCUGGUGGGCCUGAGCCUGGUCCUGCUCCGCGCCCUGCUGACCGCCCUGCGCAAGACGCCCGAGGGCGCCGCCGCCGCAGCCGAAGGAGGAGGACUGAUGGAGGAGGACGAAGAGGCGCGGGUGCCCUACAGCGAUGUGGUCAGCUAGUGCGCCGCUUUUGUCUUGGGCGUCUCGUCGUGGACAUCCUGCCCCGUCCCUCGCCCCUCUCACGCCCCUCUGCAGUCUAAGCAUCAAAACCCGCUCCGAAAAGCACUGGUGCUGCAGCGGCAGUGGGGUCUCUUCCUGUAAUGCUUUCAGUGCCCUAUUUCACUGAUCUGAGAGCAGUGUGCCUGACGUCUCUGCUGACACCUUAACCCAUCACAAGCGACGCAUGAAAACUGAUCCCGGUGCAAGUGGAGACUAGCAUAAGAUGAGGAGCCAGUCAUGUCAUUCAGUAGCUCUGGGUGCAGAGACAGUAGGACUAGGGUUUCAUGGUGUCAUUUGUUAAUGCAUUGCCUAAUAAGGAUUUAGGAAAGAAAAAGAGCAGAGGGGAGAGGCUAGAAUGACAAAGUCAUUAUCAUUUGGGUUAUUAAGGUGUCAAUACUGACCCCUGCUGGACAGUCUGAGCAGUGCUGACAUUUAGCCAUCAUAGACCCCAUCACCUCACAUGAGAAGCCCCUGGCUGCAGCUUGCAGAUCGGGGCUGGGCUCAAUGUGGGGCGGAGCGCAACGUUGAGCUCAGCCCACCUUCAGCACGUCUUCUCAUGCUGACAAUGUCCGUGGGGCCUACCUUGUUUCCUACUGUCCAACAUAAUCUCUAGGAAGAAUGCUUAAAUCUAUAUUAUAUAUGAUAAUAAUAUAAUAUAUAAUAUAAUAUAAUAUGAUUUUUGUGUCGCGAUCACACCCUAUUAAAUUUAUGUAUAAACAAUAGACUAUAAUAGAGGCCAGUAUUAUGUUCUCUACUCUUAGCAGACCUUGUUGACCAUAUAUUGACCAUAUAUUAUAGGGAUGCUAAAGAGGUUCAUUGUUGCAUGUUCCCGGGACUCGCACAGGCUACUAAACUAUUCUAUAAAGAAAAUACCGAUAGGCUAGAGAUAAAAUGCAUUGAUAAUGUUAUUGCUAUAGGCCUAUGUUUAUGCAGACUGGAUGUAAUUAUCUUUAUGGCGUAGCGUAGGCCUACUUAUAUUAAGAAACGCCGAUGGUGUAGCACAGAUUCUAGAACGCUAGGGGGGAAGGGACAUGAUUAACGUGGGCAGUAGUUCAAGGAGGAUGCGCUUUUAUACAGUUAAGCAUUCUAACUUGAGAAAAAUUGAACUCCGAGUCCGGGUAAAUAGACGGACACAGAGAGGUCAAUGGGUAAUGACGAGCUGAUUUUGGGCUGAGCGCAACGUUGCACUCUGCCCCACAUUGAGCCCAGCCCCGAUCUGCAAGCUGCAGCCAGGGGUACUUGGCUCACAUUACUGCCGUCCAUAUAGAUCUAAUGCUGGCUUAUUUUUUUAUAUUAAAAACGGCCCUAUUGUUUGAUUUUGAUCUAAUAUACUAAAUCAUUAAUACUGUAUUUUUGUAUUCAUGAAGUGUACUCUAUGAUUUUAAGAUUAUGUUUUAUUUUUCAUUUUGUAUUGUUUUGGUUUUUUGUUUGCUAUGUUGAUGAUGUUUCCUAUGGACUAUAAUAACAUAUGUGUCAACUAUUUAUUCAGCUGAAUCAUAGACAUUUGAAGAUGUUGCUGUUGAUCGGUUUAAGCUUGAGGUUCAUUGAUGUGUUUGAAGCAUUAAGUCAGAACUAAGGACAACGUCUGAGGACUUUGGGUUUUAGAAACGAAUAAUCUAGUGGGAGUAGACCACUUUAAAACAGUAACAGUCACAUUUUAAUCACUAACAGUGUCACUUUCUUCAUUGAUGCUUCUAAUAGCCUGACACUAAUACAUUGUGUCAGGCUUUGA